GACCAUCGAGGGACCAACAACUCAUUCCAAGUGUCUUCGAAGUCGGUGUUAGCCGCGCUGUACAGCUCGGAAGGAUCAGUCAUGGAGAGACACCAUUUUGCUCAAGCCAUCGCCAUUGUGAACAGUGAAGGGUGCAACAUCUUUGAGACAUUUUCCCGGAAGGACUACACGACCAUGCUGGACUUGAUCCGAGAAAUCAUCUUGGCGACCGACAUGGCUCACCACAUAAAGAUCUUUCCGGAAAUCCAGCAAUUAGUUAAAGCUUACAACAAGGACAACAUCAAACAUCGCAACCUGCUCCUGUUCUUGAUGAUGACCACCUGUGAUCUCAACGACCAGACCAAGGGCUGGGUGACCACCAUCAGAACGGCGGAAUUGAUUUAUAAAGAAUUCUUUUCACAAGGAGAUUUGGAAAAGGCGAUGGGGAACCGUCCGAUUGAUAUGAUGGAUCGUGAUAAGGCUUUUGUUCCCGAUCUCCAAAUCAACUUCAUGGAACAUAUUUGCAUUCCAACCUACAAUCUGUUGAACGACAUCUUCCCGAAAGCGGCGCUGCCCUGCCUGCAAGUGAAGUCGAACCACGAAGAAUGGCGGCGUGUGGCGCCACAGUUCACCUUCACCGGCCUUCCGAGCAGCGGCAACCUGGACUUUCUCAUGAAACCCGAAAUCACCGACUCGCCCGCCGCUGCCCCCUGUUGCCCCCGCCACCCCCCCCCCCCCUGUCCCCACCCCCCUGCCACCAUCACCCCUACUGCAUGGACCCUGGACAACCCGCCCGGGGAGUCGCUAGUUGAGAGGCAGGGUGACGCCUCAGCUUACUCGCUGACGGGUCGGGGAAUAGGGUCGGGAGUGCCGGUGUUCCCGGGAGUCGGAUUUGGAGAUCGGAUAAGCUGA